UCUUCCAUUUCAUCAGGGCAAAUGCUUCGAUUACCAGAACCCACCAAGGCAAUGGAGUCGCCAUGCUCUUUCCUCCUUCCCCACUCCGUUCCCUGCGUUUCUUUCGCUGGAAACAGGCUUUCUUCCGGCCUCCACCUUCUUGGCCAUGGAGAAUUCAAGCUCUGCCUAAGACCAAGAAGCCUCUCUGGCUCCUUCCAUCGCUCUUCCAUGUUUUCUCGGAUGGCUCUGGGACCGAAUGUAAGUGAGGAUACUGAUGAUAUGUUUGACGAGUUGUUUAAAAAAUAUGGAAAGGUGGUAUUCAAAAGAAAUGAUCAAAAGGCUCCUAGUGCAGAGGUUGACGACGAUGCUGAAAGCUUGUCGUUUGCCAUUGCGGUGGCUAAGGUUGCUAGUGACGUGAAGGCUGCAGAUAUAAGAGUCCUCUUUGUCAAGCCUCUGGUGUACUGGACUCGUUUUUUUAUCAUUGCUACUGCAUUCUCCCGCCCUCAGAUCGAUGCUAUUGGGACCAAGAUAAAAGAUCUAGCUGAGAAGCAGUAUGGAAAAGUUGCAACCGGGGAUGCAAAACCUAACUCAUGGACCUUGUUGGACUUUGUGAACAAUGGAGAUGACCCUUGUGCAGUGGUUGCCAUGAUAGAUUUCCUUCUGGUCUGCAUAUUUUUUGCCGAGUGCAUUUGGCAGGCGAGUCUUCCUAGCAAUGGCGACGUGGUUGUCCACAUUUUUCUUCCUCCACAACGAGCAUUAUACAACUUGGAGGAGUUCUAUGGCAACGCGACACCCAUUGAAUUGCCUUUCGAAAACCAGCAACCCUUUCGCAGCUGAAACACUGGCAGAAUUUGCCAAAGAUGUUAAAAAGCUUCGAGUAAUGGCUACUGAAGCGGGUCAACUGAAGAUGGGAACACCUCUAUGCCUGCCUGCUUCAAUAUAACACACAUCGACAUAGCCAUAACAGCGGGUGAGAGGCAAAUGUUGUCGACUUGUAAAAUCUCCAUCCUCAGCUUGCUUGUUUGAGAUGAUGAUGCUUCGUCUUCUUCCUCUGCUUCAUCCUUAUGAAGCAGAAAAGAUGGCUGGGGAAAACAUGUAAUGUGACCUUCUUGUUGUAGAAGAUGACUCUGAUAUCCUGCAAUAGACACCAGUCCUAUGGUUAACCAAAGAUUAAAUGAUUCUGUAGUA